CCUGGGCAGGACGCGACCCGGCGGAGGGCAGAGCUGGGAGAGGACCUGGGGAGGGCGAGCGAGCGAGCGAGGCGAGAACCAGCAGAAUCGCUAGUUUCUCUCCAGCGAGAAAACUUUCCCUGGAACACCGGAAACUUUUUCCGGAGCGCUCAGAGUCCGAGACGGAGGCGAGCGGUGGGUGUGCGCGGCUCGGCUCGGGUGACUCACGCCGGGGACCCCAACAAGGGGGGGUUGGCCCAGUAGGGUUUUAAGACACCCCAGCAGCGGCAGUGUUGAGAGAAGCCUUUCCUGUGGGUGGCCAGAAGCUUCUGGUCCUCAAGACACAGCUCCAUCCUCACCUGGACUUAUGACCCGCGGCCUCGCUCCCCUCCUGCCCAUUGAGUUCCACAAGAUGGGCUCCUUCCGCAGGCCUAGACCACGCUUUAUGAGCUCCCCCGUGCUUAGCGAGCUGCCCCGCUUCCAGGCUGCCCGGCAGGCUCUGCAGCUAAGUUCCAACUCUGCCUGGAACAGUGUGCAGACGGCCGUGAUCAACGUUUUCAAAGGGGGCGGCUUGCAGAGCAAUGAGCUGUAUGCACUGAACGAAAGCAUCAGGCGGCUGCUGAAGAGUGAACUUGGCUCAUUCAUUACUGACUACUUCCAGAACCAGCUUCUUGCAAAAGGGCUGUCCUUUGUGGAGGAGAAGAUCAAGCAGUGUGAAGGUGACAAUCGUAUUGAGGUUCUGGCUGAAGUCUGGGACCACUUCUUCACCGAGACUCUCCCUACCCUGCAGGCAAUAUUUUAUCCGGUUCAGGGACAGGAGCUGACCAUCCGCCAGAUCUCCCUGCUGGGCUUCCGGGACCUGGUCUUGCUGAAAGUAAAGCUGGGUGACGUGCUGCUGUUGGCACAGUCCAAGUUGCCUUCUUCUAUUACACAAAUGCUGCUCAUUCUGCAGAGUGUUCACGAGCCCACAGGCCCAAGUGAGGGCUAUUUGCAGCUGGAGGAGCUGGUGAAGCAAGUGGUGUCUCCCUUUCUCAGCAUCAGCGGGGACCGCAGCUGCUCAGGCCCCACGUACUCACUGGCCAGGAGGCAUUCCAGGGUCCGGCCCAAGGUGACCGUCCUGAACUAUGCCUCGCUGAUGACCACGGUUGGCCGGCCACUGAAUGAGAUGGUCUUGACCCCUCUAACAGAACAGGAAGGGGAGGCGUACCUGGAGAAGUGUGGCAGUGUCCGGCGACACACAGUGGCCAACGCCCACUCGGACAUCCAGCUGCUGGCGAUGGCCACCAUGAUGCACUCAGGGCUGGGGGAGGAGGCUGGCAGUGAGGACAAACACCUUCUCCUGCCACCCAGCUUCCCCCCACCACACCGCCAGUGCUCCAGUGAACCCAGCAUCCUCGACAGCCCGGAUGAACUGGAACUAGAAGAUGUGGCGAGUGGCAGCCAGGAGGACUCAGAGCUGAACUGUGCUUCCCUCGGCUGAGCCGCCACCUCCAGGGACCUGUUCCUACUUUGUAGCUAGGAUGAGGACACCUCUCCUCCUCCAUGGAUCACCAGGGGCUCCUGCAUUGCGCAAUAUUGCCUUAUUUCCCGUAGGGCACGAGCCAAGUCUUCAUGCCUUUGGGAAACACCUGUCGACCUCCCCACUCUGGUGUCAGUGACCGGCUCCUCUCCUCAUACCACUAUAUACCUGACUUCCAGCCUUGCCUGAUUCACCUGGAUCCUCAUCUCUGGGCCUUCCCUGUCCUAUUGGACUGGCUGAUGCUCCUGGCGUUGUAGCAGAAGGUUGGACGACUCAUGAGCAUCUGAAAUGUGCCGGCCUCUGCGGUUCCCGUUAUGAUCUUAGGAGGCAGAAGCCAAUGGGUGGAAAGAACAGUAGAGGUUCUGUGUAGCAUGGAAGUCAGCCGCAGCCCAUAUCACACCUGGUCCUGGGAAUGUGCCCUCAUCACUUUAAUUGCAGAGUUACUGGGAAAUCAUUGUCCUACUCCGUGGGUGAGGGUCCAUUCUUAAUGUAUGUUCCGAUGUCAUGUGCUGUCUAUAUCAUGAGCUUUGGCCUAGGAGAACCUACCAAGCUGGCAGAGUCAUGUCUUACGUUGCACCUCUCAGCACGUCCUUCUCAGGCUUCCUCCCAGACACAGGGAGUGAACCUUCUCAUUCACUGGUGCCUCACUCUCACUCCAGUUUCAGGAGCCAACCCCUUUUCUGUUGUGUAUAUGAGAGGCUGGCUGAUAGCAACUGACCUAGACUGUACCUGGAUUUCACUUGAAUUUAUAAAAUGUGUAUUGCUCAAAAAAAAAAAAAAAAAGGUUUGCAAAUAUUUGCACAUAGGAUCUUGCACUGUUCAUUUCCAGUUGAGUGUGUUUGCAGACUUAAACACAAGUGGACCCCUUCAAAAGGCGAUGGCUUAGCUCCGAACAAAAGGAUCAGUGGUGGGCAGGACUCACAUACCUCGGAGCUCUGGAGGAGCCAGCACUAUGUCUGGAAUGGCCUGUGUUGUAAGUGUCUUGGCCUCUAGGGAAGGUUUGUGCUGGGCUCAGGAGACUGCCUCUUGAGCAGGGGAGUGUUGUGGCUGGACUGUGUCUGCUUUACAGUAGACAGAGAGGGACGAGGGCAUGUUUUAUUUGGAGGGAUGUUUAAUCCAUGACAUUACAGAAGUACCCAGAAGUGUCUGGGAUCCCUAUCACAUCUGUCUCAUGUUGUUAUUUGAAGCAGCAGACUUUAUUACUAUG